GAAGCCUUGGGAUGCUCGCCUGGGGCUCGGGAUGUGGCGUCAGGGUUUACGAAAUUGCGGGGAGAGAAGAAAGGUUUUUGCGUUUGAGAGAGGCGCCAAAGUUUGGUGUUAUAAUUUAUUCAGGGGCGUAUGAUACCUCGUUGAACAGAACUCAGGAGUUUGAGAACUCACAACUCCUCGCCCUGGCCAUAGUUUUGAAAGUCGAGAUUAGAAAGAGAAAUUAAUGAAGUUUCCUUCUGGUUUUUGGAUUGUGGACGUUCCGGAGCCUGAGUCAGAGAGAGCUGCUCAGGGCUCAGGAAGAAGAUGCAAGCCAGCCCCAUCCGCAUUCCAACCGUCAGCAAUGACACCGACUGGGACUUCUGCUUCCACUUGUCACAGCAAGCCAAGAAGCCAGCAUACCAGCAAAGAGAUGAACUGUAUUCAUCUAGAGGGUCUGGAGAGAGUGAAGAAGACACUAAGGCCACGGAGGAGAUGGCCGUAGGCUGCAUGUCUCUUCCUGAAGACAAAUUGGCCCAAUCCCAGAAGAAAAUAGCUCAGCUGAUUAAGAAAAAAAUGAAUAUCCAAGCAAACAAGGAGCUGAUUCGCUGUGUCAUCCUUUCUCGGAUUAUUUUUGGGGAAGAACACUGGAAAUGUGCACAGGCUCUGGCCAGCCUGGCUUAUGGCUACCUGACACUGAGAGGCCUCCCAGCUCAGGCCAAGAAACAUGCUGAAUCUGCCAGGAGCACGCUGCUGACCUGGAAGGAAAACACGACCUCAAACACGGAGAAAAAGGAAAUCCUGGAAGCUCUGGUCAUGCUGUACUACACCGUGGGGGUGGCCUGGCUCCUACAGAACCAUGGCAGAGAGGCUUAUUUCAACCUGCAGAAGGCAGAGAGAAACAUGAAGGAGCUGAAAGAAUUAUGUGAGGGAAGUGUUCACAGAUUACAAGUCUCGGAGAAAGACCUGACAAUUGCUUUGGGCAGAGCCUCCUUGGCCGUCCACAGAUUGAACCUUGCUCUGGCAUACUUUGAAAAGGCAAUUGGCAAUGUUAUUGCUGCUAAGGGUGAUAGGACAUCAGAUCUGGUCAGUCUGUACGAGGAGAUUGCGCAGAUCGAGCAGCUGAGGAGGAACCAUGAUCAGGCCAUCCAGUACUUGCAGCAGGCCUAUUCUAUCUGUGUUUCUUUGUUCACUGACGUCAGCCCCCGAACUGCAGAGGCAAGUGCGUUACUAGCCAAGGCUCAUGCCCUGUCUGGAGAGGCCCAACACAGGGACGCUGUGGAGAUAUAUUUUAUAAAAAGUAUCAGUGCAUAUCAAGCAACAUUGGGCCCAACAGAUUAUGAAACACUGACAACCAUUGAAGAAUUUUGCAAAUGGCUUGUCCAAAAUGGAGAAAAACAGUGUCUGAUGAUUCAAAUCCUUUUAUAUGGAAGAGACCACAGUAAAAGCAGAGACACAAAAGACCUCCUUACCCUAAUGCAGAGAAAGGGGUUCUCUAGCCUCCCUAGUGAUGCCUGUGUUAGGACGGUAAACGGGGAACUUGGCCCCCUACCUGCUGAUCAGGUCCUGGCAGGUCUUCAAUGCUCAAUGAAUGUUGGAAUCAUCACCUUCGUCACCAUCAUCAUCACCAUCAUCUCUCUGAUGUGCUAG